GAAGAGUUUUUCGUUUCAAGACUUUGAACACCGCUAAGAGUCACAAAGAGUCAAAAACUCGAACGACAAUGGCAGCAAACACAGGUGCAUUAGCUGGCAGAACAAUCUUUAUAACUGGUGCAAGUAGAGGCAUAGGUAAAGCUAUAGCUCUCAAGUGCGCUAGGGAUGGAGCAAAUAUUGUCAUAGCUGCAAAAACAGCAGAACCUCAUCCAAAGCUACCAGGAACCAUCUUUUCGGCGGCUAAAGAGAUAGAAGAGGCUGGAGGCAAAGCUUUGCCCUGUGUCGUGGAUAUCAGAGACGAAAAAGCUGUUAACACGGCUGUUGAGCAGGCUGCUUCAACUUUUGGAGGAAUUGAUGUGCUAGUGAACAAUGCUAGUGCUAUAUCAUUAACUGGGACUGAGGCAACAGAUAUGAAGAAGUAUGAUUUAAUGAAUGGAAUAAAUGCCAGAGGUACUUAUCUUUGCUCAAGAGCCUGUCUACCAUUCUUGAAGAAGGGAACAAAUGCCCAUAUUUUGAACAUUUCCCCACCAUUGAAUAUGAAACCAAGAUGGUUUCAAAAUCAUGUUGCUUACACCAUGGCCAAGUACGGCAUGUCAAUGUGUGCUUUGGGUAUGGCAGAAGAAUUUAAGCCCCAUAAGAUCGCUGUCAAUGCGCUUUGGCCCAGAACUGCAAUUUAUACUGCAGCCAUGGAGAUGAUAGGAGGCGGGGCUGGUAUUAAAGAUGAUUGUAGAAAAGUUGAUAUUAUGUCCGACGCAGCUUAUAUUAUUUUAAGCAAAUCAACGGAUCACACAGGCAACUUUUAUAUAGAUGAUGACGUCCUUAAAGAAAGCGGGGUUACUGACCUUAGUCAGUAUGCUUUUAAGAAGGAUGCCAAAUUGUUGGUUGAUUUUUUCCUCGAUGACUUCGGUACUGCCCUUAGUAAUGAGAGUGAAGCUCCAGUCAGUCAAUCAUCUGAACCAGCCUCAUCUUCCUCAGGAGGCGCAAACUCUGAAGUUGGGAAGACUUUCGAAGUUGUCAAGAGUUUGUUAAAUGACGAUCUUGUUAGUAAAGUCCAAGGAGUGUACCAAUUUGAUAUAAAAGGCAAAGAAGAAGGAAAGUGGUGGCUUGACUUGAAAAAUGGUUCGGGAAGUAUUGGACAGGGCGACUGUCCUGGUGAUUCUGGAGUUACGCUUACUCUUAAAAGUGAUGACUUCGUAAAGAUGUUUCGGGGUAAACUAAAGCCAACAAUGGCGUUUAUGUCCGGUAAGCUGAAAAUAAAGGGUGAUAUGGCUCUUGCAAUGAAGUUAGAAAAACUUAUGAAACAGCUUCCUUCAAAAUUGUAA